ACCUGUGCUUUUUUUCAGUGAAUUCUCCAUUCAAUUUACUACAAACCCAUCGAUAAAUGGCUUUUGUAGAAUGAAAAAAGACGGAGUUGUACGGAAAAUACAAAAAAAUUUGACAAUUCUCAAGCACAAAGUUCAUUUUUUUGCAUUUUCCUGCGAUCUCAUAACGCGAUAUAAAAAAACUAAGCCCAUCUUGAAGAGCGUAAAACUCAUUUUUUGUACCUGAAUUUUUUGUUGCAGAAAUAUUUUUUAUAGUGCAUCGGAAAGAGCACACUUUAGUCUAUUGCAAAACGUCUCUAUGACAUUUUGACACGGAGAUUUAAUGACAAGAACAGGACCAGAUAUCUUCAUUACUUGUGUUUGAAAAUUGUCAAAGUUUUCGCUUUUUAUAUUUCCCGUACAACUCCGUCUUUUUUCAUUCCACAAAAGCCGUUUAUCGGUGGGUUUGUAGUAAAUUGAAUGGAGAAUUCGUUGAAAAAAAACCACAGGUCGAACGGGUUUAAAGUGGCUAAGUUAUUUACAAAAUACUGAAGGUAUCAUUUAUUCUGGGCAGCCUUAUAACUUUUUUUAGGGAUGAUAAUGGUCAAAAUUCUUCAACAAUUGACCUCCCAGUUCAGAAAGAAAAUGGAACUGAUACCAAUAUGUCCGUUGACGAUUUACAGGUUCAUUUCAAUAAACUAAUCGAUAAAAAAAAAAGUCAUAAAUUCGAUUUAAAACUACAAGAAGAACGUCAUGAACAAGAAAUGUGUGAAUUGAGACGAAAUUAUGAAGAAUAUUUAUUAAGACAACGAGAAAAUUAUGAAAGUUUACUUGCUCGUGAACAACAAAAAUGCAAAGAACACGAACAAGAAAUCGAACGAUUCUAC